UGAACAGUCGGACAAUAGUCGCUGACCAGCUGUACGUACCAGUGUGAAUUGUUUUUUCGAAGCGCUUCAUUGAUCUCUUACGUGUAAUUGUACCGUUUUUGAAACACGUUAAGCUUUGGAGAGUGAAAGUCAUUCAAGCCUGACUUUACUCUGAAGUCGGAAUAGUCGACGAAGUAAAAAAACUCAAGUUUUGUAGAGUAGUAACGACGAGAGCGCAAGUUUGCGCUAGUAUCGUGCACGCGCCUGUUCUACACGCUUGCAUCUACACACGUAUGAACGCGCUCGCACAUAUUCACGCACACAUUGGCCUACUACCAUACCAAGUUUCUACUUCGCCUGUGUCUGCAAAAGAAGCAACGUGUUGAUUUGAAUCGACUGAGAAGUGCCAGCAACAGAGCCAGGUUCAAUAUCGUGCGUGUAUGUGUGCAGACGAGGAGAUCAGGACAAUGACAGACUGCUACUGACUAGCCUUAUUCUCAUUGUUUUCCUUUGAUCAUCGUCGUUUCGUUAUAGUUGUGCAGUCGACAUAGUUAAUCAGAAAGAUUUUCGCCAUUGGCCAUUCAAAUUGAUCGACGAAUAGAGACUAGUUUUUAGGCAGCGAGUCAUGGCGACGAACAUCGCGGCCCAGCGGAUCAAGCGAGAAUUUAAAGAGGUUAUAAAGAGCGAGGAGGUUGCACAAUGUUCAAUAAAAGUUGAAUUGGUAAAUGACAGUUGUGUUGAGCUGAAAGGUGAAAUUGCUGGACCACCUGAUACACCAUAUGAAGGAGGAAACUUUAUACUCGAAAUCAAAAUUCCAGAGACUUAUCCAUUUAAUCCACCAAAAGUUCGUUUUAUAACAAAAAUAUGGCAUCCAAAUAUAUCCUCAGUUACAGGAGCAAUUUGCUUAGAUAUAUUAAAGGACCAAUGGGCAGCAGCUAUGACUUUAAGAACUGUUUUAUUAUCUCUACAAGCUCUACUGUCAGCAGCUGAACCAGAUGAUCCACAAGAUGCAGUGGUAGCAAAACAGUACAAAGAUCAGCCAGAAAUGUUUCGUCAAACUGCUAAACAUUGGACAUCUGUUUAUGCUGGAGGACCAUGUAAAAUGCCAGAGUUGGAUGAAAAAAUUAGGCGUUUGACAGACAUGGGUAUAGAAGAACACAAUGCACGAGUAGCAUUGUCCUCUUACAAUUGGGAUUUAGAACGUGCCACAGAACAACUUUUUAGUUAGUGACGACUUAAAAGCAAUUGUUGUAUAUUUAUACAUCAUCCAUUUCAUAUUUUGAAAUGUUUUACGAACAACUAUACCAUUAAAUUUUUUUCGGCAUAGCAAAUUUUGACAGAUAACAUGCAUUUGCUAUGGUAAUAUUCCAAUGAAAUAUUUUUGGGUGAGCAUAAGUCCUAUUGAUAAUUGUUUAUUUAUUUUGUAAAAUAGGUAUGAAAAAAAUGAAGAAACAGUAAAAUAAUAGAAAUAUUCAUGAAGAAAUUUUGGGUCGGUGUACUUUAAGAACAGUUAAUUAAAAUAUGAGCAGAUCAUUUUUUGAUGUUUUCUGCUCAGAGUUGUAUAGAAAAAGUUUACAGGAAAUGCUUCUUCUUAAAAGCAACUUUUGUGAGCUUUAAUUGUUUUCCUUUUAUAUCAUACAGUGUAACUUUGUAUAUGUGAUAUUGAUUUAGUUGCUGGGCCAUCUGGCCAAUCUGUUUUGAAAAAAAAUAUUUAUAAUAAAAUCUACCGCUAUGAUUUAUAAAUUAUCAUUUUUUUUUCUUUUUUCAUCAAAAAUUAUUUUCCAAAAUAGACUAUAUCUUUGAAUACUAUUUUAAUUUUACUAAUAAUUUGAUUAUUAAUAUUCUUAAAUUUUUUGUAUUAUAAUUUGUAAACCACUAUUAUUAAAAGAAAUGGUGGGAAAAUAUUUUUUUCGUUUUAAUGCUUCAUGUAAACGUUAAAUAAUUUUGUUAUUCCAAUGAAUGAAUUCAUUAAUAUAACAAACUAGAUCAACUGUAGAAUUAUAUAAAGUGCACGCCUCAGCGUAAUAUAUAGUAAUAUAUUUUGCAUAUUUUUGGAUGUUCAACAAAUGGAAUUGUUUUUAAUAUGUAAUUUGUUCAUAAGGAAUUUGGGGUAGAAAAGAGCAAUAAAGUGUACCUCGUUGUUUAAAUGAGUGGUUUACAUUCCAAAUACAAAAGUAAUGUUGUAUUUAUUGCUCUUAUCGCCAAAUUAUCAAAUAUAGACUAACAAUCCGGUAUUUUUAAAUAUUUUAUAAUAUUGCAAAGUAAAGUGCUGAAAUUUCUGAAAUGGCAAAUAUAUUUGAAAAUAACCUUGCCAAUUGUUUUAAAGCAUAUAUAAUUUUGUAAUAAUAAUUUAUAAUAAACUACUCCUUUUUUAUUUAUUCUAAAAUAUUUCCAUUUUGUAAUAUUUAUUUUUCAAAACUUGAUAUGUUCAAGUAAAAACCAAUCAGUCAAGAAAAAUAAAUUACUUGCAAAUAGAAUUAUUUUAUCAGUUUUUUUAUUUGUUAUCAUUAUUAGUAUAAAAUGUAUUACUUACUUAAAUUACCGAAUAUUACAAAUUUUUAUGAAAAAUUUACUCAGCUUUAUUCUUAAAAGUAUUACUUUCAGUCUUUGUCUUAUUAAUUUGUUUACAUUUUUAAUUUAUUCUGAAAAAAUUGGCUCUACAUUUUUACAGCACUCGCACUUCCGAAAAAAUAAAUUAUCCUUACUUAUUGUUUAAUAGAAAAAUUUAAUUUAUCAUUUACAAACAUACAAUCGCGUCUUAAUGAAAAAAACUAUAAGAAUUUAUAUACAUAUCUUCAGUCAAAAGAAAAUAUAAACAUAGUCUCUGAUGGCUCAGCCAUAAAUAUAAACCAGUUUGCAAUUUUAUCAUCGAAAAUUUCAAGUAUGACAAAAUAGUUGAAGUUUAUUCCUGGUAAGUACAGCUUGAUACACAUCACUUCCAGUUUCAAAGGCGCAAACAUCAAGUACG